GCGCGCACGUAUCAGAUUUUUUCCUAAUUCCGCGCUCGGUGCUCGACGUAUUAUACUACGUGUCGCGUCUGCUGCGUCGCAAAUUGCUGAUAAAUCGCAGACAUGUCCGUCGACUGUGCUAUGUUUCGGCUGAUACUUGCAUUAGCCUGCGUAUUCGCGAGACCGGUGUUCACCUACGUGCUGCCGGACCCGACUAUUCAAGUGUUUUCGCCGCGGGGCCUUCGAGUUUCCAUACCUGAUGCACCGGGCUUGCGAAUAUUUGGUUUUCACGCCAACGUCAACAAGGCGAUUCGCCCUACGGAGAACGGCGACAUUUCCGGUAAUGUUUAUUCAGCGCAAAACGGCCGCUGGACCAUCGAGGACCUCACGGUGAAGAUACAGACCGGGGGUGUACUUAAUUAUUGGAUUUACGUGCAAGCGGACGGUGCCAGCUACAAGAAAAUAGACCAAACGUGGACGUAUUCCCCGUUUGUCAGCCAAGAGUCCACAUCAAACGCAGAACUCGGCGUCGAGAAUGAAAUUUCAGCCGGCGGUCAACUGUUGUUCGAGGACGACUUCGACACCCUCAAUGAGUCACUGUGGGCCCGCGAGAUAAAAAUGCCAUUAAGCCCGGAUUACGAGUUCAGCGUGUAUCACAACGAGAACCAUCAGAUGCUCGUGCGCAACGUAAGAGGUCAGCUCCUCUUAAGACCCAUCAUACUGGAGGAUUCUUACGGCGAGAAUGCCACCGCGUACGGGAGACUACGACUUAAUGGGUGUACCAGCAACAACGAUCUCGAAUGCACACGACGGGCGCUGUCCUAUAGCAUCCUGCCGCCCAUAAUAUCCGCGCGUCUCACCACGAAGAACAGCUUCGCCUUCCGUUACGGGAAGAUCGAAGUACGCGCCAAGUUUCCGCAUGGCGACUGGUUGUAUCCAGAAAUGUGGCUCGAGCCGAAAUACUCGACGUAUGGACAGCACUACAUGAGCGGCCGCGUUCUUCUGGGCCAGACGCGCGGUAACGAUUACCUGGUUGACGCCUCGGACCCCUCGAUGAUUUACGACAACAGGAGAUUAGAUUUCGGCGUGAGAGUGGGCGCGUCACCGCACAUCCAGGAAAAACUCGUCUCGAAGAUAAACGCAUUCGGGCCGCGGUGGUCGCAGGAUUUUCACGUCUUCACGACUCUAUGGGGUAACAACGGAUUUACAUUUUCCGUAGACGGCGAGAAAGUUGGAUACGUGAGACCCGGUCCGAUGGGCUGGGUGCCGGGUGCUUAUCAAGGCAAGAAUACUGCCCCGUUCGAUCAAGAGUUCUACAUCACUCUCGGCGUCGGGACGGGCGGGGUGCGCGUAUUCCCGGAUGGUACGAAGAGUGAAGAGCGCCCAAAACCAUGGAGCAACAUGGAUCCUAAGUCAAUGCUGCGGUUUUGGAACGCCCGGGAGCAAUGGCUGCCGAGUUGGAGGCGGAACAACGGCGAGAAGACCACCUUCGUGAUCGACUACAUUCGAGUAUGGUCCUUCUGAAUCUGCGUCGAUCACUCUCCGCCUCCUCUUUCUUUCCUGUCCUUUAUAUUAUCCGUAACAAUAUAUAUCGGAUCCUUUCGUAUGACGAUUACGGCGCACGCUACGCAACCGAUUCGAUACCGCCGCCGUCAACACAACGAGACAAGGUCUCGAAGAAUCGGCCGAGAGCCUCAUCGACGAUGGCAGAAGAUUACAGUGUUGCCUGCAAUUUGUUAUGGUAGCGGCGAGGUAGCCCCGGCGAGAAGACCGGCAUCAAGCACUUCCUCCUUUUUCUUCCUCUUUUUAUCAGCGUAACGCAAUCACAGAGAGUUUUGUAAUUGGACUGCUCGUUUCUAUAAAAGGGCGAACGGUGCUCCGCGAAAUCGGAAAGAAAUUCAGGGUCGCCCGGAGCUGGUUCUACCUUUAAUGCUCGUGUCGUUAGCCGUGCCGACGAUCAUCCUCCGAUAAUGUUCCUGCCGAUCACUCUGACCGAACCGUAAAAGUCUCUUAAACAACGCGCGCGACGUUUUACGAAGGACGUGCGCUCUUCACGCGCUUUCGCGCGGCUCCAGAUCGCACCUCGGUAAAUUUCCUCGAGUCAAGCGAUCGCCGACCGAUCGUUAACAAUGUCGCGACAUGUAACCUUAAUUUCUAUUGACAACAUAUAUAUAUAUAUAUAUAUAUAUAUAUAUAUAUAUAUAUAUAUAUAUUCUCUCAUACUAAAUAGAAGAGGCAAAGUAAACUGCCACUUCAAGUUAAACGCCGAACUUCUGGCGGACAUUACAAACUAAACUUAAUCGUCACUAAUAAUAUACAGAGUGUAUUUGAACUCUACCGGCAAACUUACAGGGCAGAUUCUACGUUGAAAAAUAAGUCCGAGGUUUUUCACUCAUUUUUUUUUUAUAUAGAAUCUGUCCUGUGAGUCGGUCGACGGAGUUCAGACGCUCUGUAUAAAUCGCACAUUUCGGUCCUUCCUUGGAACUUCAUCGUUAAAUUGUGAAAUAUGAAGUUAUAGUUGCGACCUGCGGCACAGUUUAAUAUUGCGUCGUUUCAAGCAGUGCAUGGUUUGUAACAGCACAAUUACUUCCGCACAUUUCCAUCCAAUAUUGUCGCUCCACAAGGAUUUUCAACAAUUUCAGGUUUUGGAGCUGUGCUGUGCUGCGUAAAUUACAUUCUUUUAUCGCCCUGCAUAAUCCAAUAACUGUGUACAAAGUUGUUAACAUUAUAGUCUGGACUAUAGACUGAUAAAUGCAGUAUGAUAUGUACUAUUACUCCGUUUAUCGAUCAACGUUUUGUAGUUUUCACGCGCACUGACUGCUGCGCUUUUAUUUUACAUUUUGACUUUAUAAUUCGCUGAAAAGAGAGUACAAUAACGUAAAAGAGAGAGAUAGUUCAAAAGAAGGACCGAAACGUGUGACUUAUAUAAUUAGCGACGAUUCAGUUUAGUCUAUAGUUACAACGAUCGCCUGAAGUUCGGCGUUUGACUCUGGAUUGCCUGCUUGUUUACUUUAUUUCUGCCAUUUAGUGAUUGCAUAUCAAGAAGGUCUUGUAUAUUAUUGUAUCGUCACUCUCUCACAUUGUGUGUUAUCCCCUUAAACGUGACUCUCGCAGUCUCGCACCGAGAGACGACGUUACGGUACACUUUUUUUAAUACUUUUUUACACUAUGACGGUGAUAAUAAAAGAAAGAAUAAAAGAAGCGCAGCGUAGUUA